AUGGCUUCCAAGUCUUUCUCCCUUUCACAUUUGUGUUCUAAGCAAACAACUUUUCUCAUUUUCUUGCUUGUUUCCAUAACCCUAGCACUCUUUGUACUUUCGGUGAAGCCCAAAAGAGUCCCUAAUAUUACCAUCACACUUCAGGUGGAUAAAAGAAAACCUGCUUGGUUUGAUGUCAUAGAAAAAAACUUUGAUAACAGGAGGAUUAUGGUAGGUCUAGUUAAUAUUGAUACUACAAGAAUGGAUGCAAAUCUUUAUGAGCAACUAGAUGAACUGCACCCACAAGUAGAGAGUUUAUCUAUUGAUUUUGAUCAUGUUGAUGAGAACUUGAAAUGGAAAGACUUUUUUCCUGUGUGGAUUGAUGAAGAUGAGAAAUGGGGUAAGCCAAAGUGCAAGGAUUUGCCAAUGCCAACAUGGGAGGAUUACCGAGAUGUGAAUGUGGUGGUUGCCAGAGUUCCAUGUGGGAAGGGGUCAGGGAUGGAAGGGGUUAGGGAUGUGUUUAGGUUGCAAGUGAAUUUGGUGGUGGCUAAUUUGGCAGUGGAGAGUGGAAGGGUGAUGAAGUUGGAUGCUUAUGAACCGGUUUAUGUUGUGUUUAUUGGGUCAUGUGGUCCCAUGGUAGAUAUUUUCAAAUGUGAUGACCUAUUGUUUCAUCAAUUAGGUGAGUAUUGGGUGUACAAGCCUGAUUUAAGGAGCCUCAGGCAGAAGAUGCUUAUGCCUGUUGGUUCUUGCCAGAUUGCUCCUGGUUAUGCAGAAACAGGUAAAGAGGUAUGGAGGGCCUAUAUAUCACAAUCACCAGCGACAUUGAAGUACAAUUACACCAUGCGUGUCCUAAGAUUAGCCUAUGUGACAGUCCUCCACUCUUCAGAAGCUUAUGUGUGUGGUGCAAUAACUUUAGCACAAAGCAUUCUUCAAACAGAGAAAAGCAUCCUUCAAUAUAACAACAACUACACAAGAGACCUACUCCUCCUUGCUGAUGAAUCAAUUGGUCCCAAAUCCAUAAGAGGUUUGAAAGCUUCAGGAUGGAAGAUCAAACGCAUUCAACGUAUCUUAAACCCCUUUGCCAAAAAAGGUUCAUAUAAUGAGUGGAACUAUAGCAAGCUACGAAUAUGGCAACUCACCAUGUAUGACAAAAUCAUCUUCCUAGAUUCUGAUCUUCUAGUCCUAAAGAACAUUGAUGCUUUCUUCGCUUACCCUCAAUUAUCUGCUUCACCUAAUGAUUUUACUUUGUUCAACUCCGGGUUGAUGGUUAUUGAGCCAUCCCUAUGCAUGUUCGAGAACUCGAUGCAGAAAACUUUGAAGGUUAAACCAUAUAAUGGUGGUGAUCAAGGUUUGGUCAACGAGAUUUUCACAUGGUGGCACCGGUUACCAAGGAAGCUAAACUACCUUAAAAGUUUUCAACAAGGGAAAGGGAAUGAUGAGAAGCAUGAGAUUCCUGAGGACUUGUAUGUGAUACAUUACUUGGGUUUGAAGCCAUGGAUGUGUUAUAGAGAUUAUGACUGUAACUGGGACAUGAAGGAACUCCAUGUUUUUGCGAGUGACUUAGCUCAUAAGAUGUGGUGGAAGGUUUAUCAUAACAUGCCUAAAGAGUUGCAAUCAUAUUGUGGGCUUAUAAAGAAAAUGGAUGAAAGGAUAAAACAACGAAGAAGAAGAGCAAGGAAUGCUAGUUUGUGUGAUGGACAUUGGAAGAUUGUGGUUAAGGAUCCUAGAAGGAAACAUUAUGAGGAUUUGGAUUAA